AAUUCGCUAUCCGUUUCUCUAAACAGUUGGCAGAAUUUGUUAUACGUAUGUGGCGUGCGGUAUAGUUUUCGUCGACGGCGUCCGUUCUCGGGGAAGGAGGAUAUACGUACGAGAGGAAAUACGUAUCUUGUACCGUUGAGGAUAGACGAGGCCGCGAUUACACGAUCUGGCGAUAACGAGGAUAGCGACGUGAGGUGAUUUCCCUCUCGCGCGUCCCGGAUUACUUUCGAUCCUGAUUCGAGAUCGAAUCUCCCGAGCUCGGUAGCAACGCGGGUUUUUUUUCCUCCUCUCUCUCUCUCUCUUCCUCGAGGGGCGACUCGGCGGUCGCGCCCGAAGUCUUUCCACCAACGGUCGCGACACAAACACAGAGAUUGCGGAGUCGAGGAGGUUAAGGGGACGGCACGAGCGGGAGGACGCGCCGUCCAUCACCAUGAAGCUCGUCGACCACGUGGUGAGGAGCUUCAAGGUGGCGAAAAUAUUUCGCGAGAACUCGGAUCGGAUAAACAGCAUCGACUUCUCGCCGAACGGCGACACCUUGAUCUCCUGCUCGGAGGACGAUCAGAUCGUGAUAUACGAUUGCGAGAAGGGGACGCAGGUACGGACCGUCAACUCCAAGAAGUACGGCGUCGAUCUGAUACACUUCACUCAUGCGAAGAACACCGCGAUUCAUAGCAGCACCAAGGUCGAUGACACGAUCCGUUAUCUCAGUCUGCACGAUAACAAGUAUAUACGAUACUUUCCAGGUCAUUCGAAAAAGGUAGUAUCUCUAUGUAUCAGUCCUAUCGAAGAUACUUUUCUCUCCGGUUCCUUAGACAAAUCUCUAAGAUUAUGGGAUCUUCGCUCACCGAAUUGCCAUGGAGUCAUGAAUGUCUCGGGACGGCCGGUCGCAGCUUAUGAUCCCGAGGGUCUGAUCUUCGCGGCUGGAGUCAAUUCGGAGAGCAUCAAGCUGUAUGAUCUACGCAGUUUCGACAAAGGACCCUUUGUCACCUUUAAGCUCUCUCAGGAGAAAGAAUGCGAUUGGACAGGAUUGAAGUUCAGCAGGGAUGGCAAGACCAUCCUGAUCUCUACCAACGGUAGUACAAUUCGUUUAAUAGAUGCUUUUCAUGGUACACCCUUACAGACUUUUGCCGGAUACCUGAAUAACAAGGGAAUCGCCAUAGAGGCCAGUUUUAGUCCGGAUUCGCAAUUUGUGUUUAGUGGAUCUACGGAUGGUAGGGUUCACGUGUGGAACGCAGAGACUGGUUACAAAGUUUGCGUGCUGAACGGUGAUCAUCCAGCGCCAGUACAGUGUAUCCAAUUCAAUCCUAAAUACAUGAUGCUAGCAUCAGCAUGCACCAAUAUGGCUUUCUGGUUACCUACUGUCGAUGAAAGUGCAUAAGACUAAUUUAUAAGAAAUACUGAGCAAUGUUGGAAAAUAUCGCUCGUCUAUUUUGUGCAAGAGAGAAAGGGAGACAGAGAGGUGCGAGAAGAGAGCCAGAGGGAAUAACAGCUAACUAAGGCAGCAGGAAUGUGUACUUGAUCGAGCAAAUAUAUUUACAUUGCAGUUGCAUUACGUGUACAGAAAGAAACAACUGUUGUAUGACGCACUAGUUUCAGGAACGUAUCCGAAAGAGCGAACGACAAAUCGCGGGAGAAUAGCUGGAUCGUCGCUCGCUCGCGCUUCAUAUAAUGGAAUAUCAUGCACCUUUUUCAUCUAUUAUCAUCGUCAUUGUCUCUUGUUUUCAUUAUAACAAUCUAUUAUCAGCUUAGCGAUAGUAGAAAGAUUGCCAAUUCCAUCGUCUUCAACAAAAAGUUCGAAUGUGUCUCCUAUAUGUAUAUAGCUUCUUCCGGUGUACCUAUGUGUAAUGUUUAACGAGUCUGGAACAAAAUCUAUUGUAUAUCGGAAGAGGUGAUUUUUGUAUUUUGUGUAUUUUGUAUCCAUUUCCGGGCAAUUAAAUUACAUGAUAUUGCCGAUAAAAUGUUCAUUAUUAUUCAGGACGACGCAAAUGUUACAUUAUCGUUACACAUUUAAUACUUCACAUUUUUUAUAACUCUGGUCUCUCGCGUGCAUUAUCUCGGAAAUAGGAUUAGAAUGAUUAAUUUAAGAAUUAUAAAAAGGUGUAUGAGAAUGAUUACCAAAUAGUCAUUCGAAAUCUGUGAUUAAUUACGAUUUUUCGAUUGAUCUGAUUCGCAUGGCCGUAUAUAGGAUAACGUUGAUUUGAUGAAGUUGAAAAGCAUGUUAUUAUCGCGACGCAUUAAUAACUUUAUUUGGAUGUAAGUGAUCACUUAUAAUCUUAUGAUUCAUCAACUUUCAAUUCUUUUUAUCUCUAUCGUUCACGCGUUUAAUGAUAUGUAUGUAAAAACGUACUUAUAGAUAAUUCUAACUAAUAUGUCGAGAUAACAGUUAUUAUAUGCGAAAGGAAAGUUUAGAAUUGGCAUAUUUAGCUUUAAAUGUGCGGUGCAUAGAAUAUCGUCUGUUAAAGCCCAUGUAAACGUAUGAUAGGUAUCGAAAUCUUUCUCGCUUCUGUAUACGGCUAUGUCUAAUCGUUGUAUGUAUAGAUUGUCAAUAAUACGCUUUAUACACACCAGCGAAAACGAGUCGAAAACGUAUUUAUCAUAUAUGUGAUGGAUUCCAGGCAUCAAUGAUCAAAGAUGACAAAGAAGAGAGAGACAAAUAAUCACCAAUAUCGCGCAUAGAAAAAAAUAUCGUUGUCACUUUUAAAUACAUUGCGUUCGAGAAAAUACAACGAUCAUUCCAAGAACGAUCGGAACAAUGUUUCUCUCGCAUAUUUUUAUCUGUAAAUGGAGACGAUCAUGAUAAUUGUAUUUGGUCAUCAUCAUCUCCAUUCAUUAUCGAAAACAUUGUACUCUCGAAGACGUAAUUUAGAUAUGUGACGAACGAUAGAGCGAUCGAUUUUAUUUAUUUUGCACGAUAAUAAGUCCCCGUUAUAUAAUAUCGAUCAUAACUCGAUCACAACUACAAUCUUAAUGAAACAGGGCAAAAGAAAAAAAAAUGAAGUAAAAAGAGAAGAAUAACAUUGCGAAUUUCUACGAAUCAUCGCACGAUAAAUAAACUGUUGCGGUGUAUAUCUGUCGUGGACACGUAUAUAAACAAUCGUGAAUAAUAAAAUAACAAACUAUCGCAUGCAAAUUAUCGUAGGUACGGUAUUGUUUUUAAUCUACAUGCGUGGAACACCGGCGGGCCGGGUAAGAAGUUACAUUCGAUGUUUUCGUAGGAGUAAAUGCAUAUUCUCUUUUUAUCUUUAUAGAUGCUAUUGAAUAUAUCUCACAUGAAUAAUAUAUAUAUAUAUAUAUAUAUAUAUAUAUAUAUAUAUAUAUAUUUUUGCCUCCGUAAGCCGGAACGAAAUGGGCGAGCGUCGUCAUUCAACUUUGUUUUCGUAUAAAAAAAAUGAAAAAAGAAAAAGAAAUGUCUAUUGCGCUGCUUGUUAGAUGCAUGUACGAAUGUUACACGAUUGUUCGAAACUGCACGUAACAAAUUUGUUAUGUAGCACCGUAUAAUGCAGAUGCUAUUCGAUGCCUCCUUUUUUCUCGCGCGAUAAUUUUUGCAAAGCUCUGGAUCUUAUACUUUCCAUAUUUUUGCCGGCCAUUUUUACGUACGGCAAAACGCGUUUCCACUCGACCGAUUUGCUCGAUCUAUAUUCAAUCGCCGCUCCUGUUUCCAUUCGUAUAUGUAUAUAAUAUAUAGUAGUAUUUACACACACACACUACACAUUAUAUUUCUUGUAGAGUUUCUACACAUCUGCGCGCGUUUAACAUAUUUUGUGCAAGAGUAUGUAUGGUUAAUGAUAUUUUAUUCGAUAGAUGCAUGUGUUUCUGUGUACAUGAGUGAGCGAGCGAACGGUUAAUAGCGUGCUCUCCGUGCGAAUGAUUAUAUGUUUUUUAUAUACGUAUUUGCGUAUAUGCCUGUCUUUUGCGAUGUAUGCAAGUCUAUCUGAAUGUAUGCAACCUGUAUGGGCGAGAAUAUGUCUCCUGCGCUGUAAAAUAGUAUUUUUUUAUAACAUGACGACACGGUGGCGCGUGAAAAUCGUAUCGAUGGGGGGCGAAUUUGCGCGAGAUGAUAUUUCUCACGUACACUUCCGUAAAAGGAAAAGCUAUUUGAAAGAAGUGUGUACAAAGACUUCGACCCUUUAGCCGGUGUGAUAUCCGAUUUCCAACGAAUUUUCAAACUUCGCAUAUGUAUUUUACGCAAAUGCCACUAAUUUAAAUAUUCAAAAUUAGAUUUUAUAUGAUUAUGAAAAAAAAAUUGUCUGAUGUUUUUAAUUGUGUGUAUGUGUAACGUUAUCUCUAUCCCUUCAUAUCUCUUAGAAUAUACUAAUGCGUAUCUACAAGCAGAUGCUUUAAAUUAUAAACAUUUAUUAUAUUUAUAAUUUAAAGCAAAGGGAUAAAACGUAACACGAAUAUACGUUUACGAGAAACAUAUAAUAUCACGUUGUACAUUAAAUUCUUUCAUUGAAAUUAUAAUUAUGUGCGCUAUUACGAUUGUCAAUUAAUUAUUCAUAGCCGCUUUUUGCUCAUCGAGCGAUGCAUUGAAAUUACUCAUCAGUCUUCUAUGAAAAUGUAUAUUUUGUACUACUUUUUUUUUUACAUAUGGACGCUAUGUGAGAAAGGGGUCGAAGAUCGAUGUUGACUCAUCUCGUAUCACUACGAAAGAUCCACGUAUUUAGAUUAAACACACAAUUCGAUGCACGUCAUACUGCCAACCAACCGAGCGAGUGUCUGAUCGCGGACCCGCGCCUUCAAUUUCGUUCGAUGCCGAAUUAUUAAGAAUCCUUCGAAAUCGAGUGAUGGACUGUGCUACUAUUACUACUAUUAUUAUGCUAUGUUAAGCGUGUAAAUCACGGGUUUUCGAAGCCCUACCCGCGACAGUGAUCGACCAGCCCGAUUAACAACCUGUAGACCUAUUGUAGACGCGCGAAAAUACGAAGAACUGUGUUCCCUUAUUCAGAAUAGAAAUGGAUACGCAUAAUGAUGAUAAAUUGUAUAUACUCUGAAAAAAAGAACGAAAUACAGUCACGUUAGACACUCGUGUUUCGUACAAAAGUAGUUUACAUCGUGUAUGAGGAAUCGUCUAUAAAACAUCGUUUUGUGUAUAUAGCCAAAUGAAGCCAAGCCUCUGUAGUUUCUUACAUGUCGUAAUCGAUGAUGUCUUUUCUACCGAAUAAAUUCGCGAUGGGUCUCAAGAUGAUUCGUGAUUUUUGGCGAACUGAAUUACUAUGAUGCAGGAUGAUCAUCUCACGUGAUAUGUAAAACCUAUCGCUGCAUAAGACAGUGUAUCCGUGUUCAAUUAAAGAGCCUGAUUAUUUCCAAUUUCGGCGCGUUUGACGUGCGCUAUAAUAACGUGAUUAUACGCCCCUCUAUCAUCAGUUCAGUACGGUCAUUUAACAUAGGAAUUUAGAGUCUGGAUUUAAUUUAAGAUAAAUGUAUGUGCAAGUGAGAAAGAGAGAGAAAGUGAGAUUUAAAAUCCGAGGAAAAUUAUUCGCAAAUUUAAAAUACGCUUCGAAAGAAGAUGGUUCUCUCGAGUUGAAUAACAACUCUUUUUAUUGCAACCGCUUGCAUUUGAAAAGCAUGAUGUAUCUUGUAAUGAAAAAAAAAAAAACAUUCAAUUUCGUAACUUUUCUAAAUUCCUACGUUAAAUUCUCGUAUGAAUUGUUUUCGAUAGUCAAGACAGAACGAGAAGGUCACCUCCACGCUCAUCGUUGAUCUUGGCUCUCGAGUUGCGUGAUUGGUAUCGGGAGGGCUUCGUACCGAUUGUCACAAGUUGCUAUAUACACUUUGGAGCAUUAGAAACGUAUGACGACGCGUUGUAAUUGGAGCGAUUCGAAUAAUCACGCACUACGAUAACUAACGAAACGAUAUGUAUGUGUGUAUUUUCGUCUAUUGAAAGCAUACGAGAAGUUAAAGAGUACAUAGAUUUUUUUGUUGCAUUUUAUUUUUAUGUUAAGAAAAAAACAUGAAUUUUUCUUCUGCUACUAAUUUGUAAUUUAAAAAUUGCAAAAAUUAUCAAAAUUACUUGACUUGAUCCGGUGUGCGUACUGUGUUCAUCAGUUAUAAAUAACUUCAUAUAUUUAGUAUAUGAAGAAAAUGAUAUCGAAGUAUCUUCGAUAUUUCGAUAUAUAGUUUACAAUUAUUUAUUUCUUUUAUUUGAAUUAAAGAUUGUAAAAGAAUUUAAUUAUCUUAAAUAAAAAGAAUAUAACGGACUGAUAAAAGCCAAGCGCAUAAAUUUAUUAAUUAGACAUUUUAGUUCGUUUUGGACCAUCUUCAAUAAUCAAAUAAACAUAAAAAUGACAUAUAAUAAAAAAAAUAUAAACAUGUGAAAUGGAUGUAAAAUUUAAAAUUCAUUCUAUUUAUUUAAUUAUUGAAGAUUGUCUAAAACGUCUAAUUAAUAAAUUCACUUAAUAUCCAUUGGGAAGUGUUAUUAUUUUCUGUGCUUUUUAUCUCGCGCUUAGCAUUUAUUAAUCUUUUAUACUCUUUUUAUUUUUUUUAAUAUUCAAAAAGUCUUACUGAUUUCUAUUGUUCACUUAUCUUAAUUAAUGUAUUUUUAAUUUUUACAAAUUCGCAUUUAUACAGAUAUUUCAUUAAUGACGUUUUAUUGAUUAAUAUAUAAAACCGUUCCAAUUUAUACUCUUGGGCUGUUUGAAGAUAAAUAACUAUAUAAAUAAACAGCGAUGUAAAUUUUCGUCCGCCGACAGUUGAUAGUCACACUACAUAUCAAUAUAUUUGUUAAGACAUUUGUUAGAUUUCAUUUGACAGAAGAGAGAUUCUCUCAAGAAGUGUACAAAAAAAGGAUACUUUUUAUAGAUCCUUCUUGGAAAUAAAUGUCAUCUCAAUUACUUAAUGCACAGGCUACACUGUAUUUUUUAUUUUUCUGUAAAACCAUUCGAUUCGAAUGCACGAGGCUUUAUUCAAAGAAUAAAAACACUUUUUUUGUACAUCUA